ACUCUACGACUAGAAAAUUUCUUUUACUGGUCUCUCUCUCUAUAAGAAACCCUUCUAAAAAUAGAUAAAACAAAACACUGUUGCACUUGAAAUUCUGUUUCUUCAUGGUUACCUGGUCUUUCGAGUCUAACACCACUCGUCGUUACUCUGUUUUUAGCUGAAACAACGAGAAAUUUUAGUGUCUUCAGUAAUCAAAAACCAACUUCUCUUUUUUUUUCUUUUUCAUUUGAAGAGAGAAAGGUUUUGAUUUCUAUUUCAUUUCAUAAGAAUUAAGAUCCAAAUCAAAGAUGGGUCUUUGUGUUUGUGAUCGUUGACAAAUAGGUCAAUUAGCUUAAGGAAAAUGGCCUCGUUACGACCUAGUUUUGGAUCUGUUCUUAGAGAUCGCAACCAACGGCACAAUGACGAUGUUGUUUUCAAGAAGAAUCUGAAAGCUCAAGUGAAAACUGCUCCUCCGGCCAUCUCCGACGAGAGCUCGGAGAACAGAGUUGAUUCUUUGAUCGGAAACAAGCGGAAAAAGAACAAUAAAAGCCGUCCUGGAUCGCCGGAGAAACCACGGACUAGAAAAGGAAACAACUUUUCCGACAAUCUUGGAGGAGCUUCUUCUCUUGUGCAGAUAUGGGAGGCGAGGCUAAAUCGAUCCAACGGCGGAAACUCGGCUAUCCAUAGCCAAUCAAUAGAGAUCAGCUCAGAAGCGAGCGUUCAAGAAAUACACCUUUUAGCUCCAUCCAUCGACGGAGAAUCUGAAUCAGAGAACGAAUCCAAGAGUCCUGAUCAGACGGUGGAGAUUGAAUCUGGGACUCUCAAUUCGGUUUCUGAUAUUAUCCGGAGAUUGAGUAACGAACAGAAGCUAACCGCCAGCAAUAAUGGCGGUGCAGUCGAUAUGCCGAUCGUUAAAACGCCGACGCUGGAGAAAAGCAGUUUUCAGGUGGUUACUUGCUCUCCGCGAAUUCGAGGAAGGCAAGCUUACUCCGAUCUGCUUGUGCAUCUGGAACGCGAACGUCACCGCGAAUUGGAAUCACUUCUUGGACGCAACGCAGUUUCUAGGUUUCCUCAACGUGGUCGCCUCCAGUCAAUGUUGCGGCUAAGGAGUCUCAAACGCGGCCUAGCGAUUCAAGAUCGUCAUCGUGGUACCACAAAAAGCGAUUUGAAUCGCUUCCAACCUAGUUCUACAAUUCUCCAUCUAAGAGAAAAACUCCGGGAAAAAGCAGCAAACGCUGCCGCUGAAGCCGGACUAAAGAAGGGUCAACAAUCCACCGUAGAAACAGAGAGCAUGCAGUCAAAAGAAACCAGUGGUAUUCUUCAUUCUCCUUCUACAGAGCGGUUAAGUCCUCAAAAACGCAACAUAGAGGAAGCAAUCUUACGCAAGAACGAAACUGAAACCAAAAUGAGUUACCUUCAGCUGAAAAAAGCCAUAGUAGCAGAAGUAUUGGAAAGAGAAUCUGAUAACACUAGUCCUCUCACCAGCGUAACUCCUCAAGAACCGCGGAUACUAAGGAACGAGGAAGCGGGGAAACUAGAAAGCGGUACAGAGGGAACUCAAGAGACACCGUUCCUUGAGACACAAGAAAUGUCAUUCCAAAGCGGAUGGGAAGAGCAAGAAGAGUAUGAGGAUGAGCAGUCUUAUUACGGAGACAUGAGCUAUGACUGGUUUACAGAAAUAUCUAGGCCUCGGACUUAUUGGGAAGAUCUGAGGAAAUCUCGGUAUCUGGAAGUGAUGAACACUAAAUCUGACAAGGACGAUAUAUGCAGACUUCUUGAGAGAAGAACGGUUUCGGGUUUCCUCCAAAGCGGAUUACGAGAGAAGAUCGAUAAGCUCAUAAUGUCCCGUGUUCAGAUACAUCCGGCUCACCGGAUUGAAGAAGCAACUAAAGAGGAAGAGAAAUAUGACAUAGGAGAAGAAAAAGAUGAAGACAGAGAUGACUUGAGCCAAUCAUCAUCACAGAUAUUUGCACCGUCUCCGGCAGGAUCAUGGAGUUCUCUGGACACAGGAGUUACUUCCACACCAACGCACAAUCUUCAUUCCACUCUCCAACUAGAAAUGUCUGAGCUACGAGACUCUGUCAAAACGUGUUUGGACGUCAAUGCUAGCCUUCAAAAGUCGGUUCACCUGGAAAAUCCCUUUAAACGCAAAUGCUGCGUUUGUAACGAAACGCAAGUUGAAACACUUUUAUACAGGUGUGGGCACAUGUGCACAUGCCUGAGAUGCGCAAACGAACUACAAUAUAAUGGCGGGAAAUGCCCGAUUUGUCAUGCCAAGAUUCUAGACGUUGUUCGCGUUUUCGUCGAUUCAAGAACCUGAAAUUCAUAAAACCAAGGGUUCAAAACGCUAACAAUACUUCACUUUAUCUAUAACAUGUUUUUUUUAUUCCUCUGUUUGCUUUCAAGUUUGACUGGAGCGCGUUUGCGUUUUGGAUCUGCGUCCAAGAUUCAUACCUAUGGUUUUUAUAGGUGAAUCACUAACCCAAUCUAUUUUCUUGACGUUGAAGUUUUCGUCUUGUAAAAAUACUCUACACAUGCCUCCUUUCACUUUCCUUUCCAUCAAUUUGGAACAGGAUUUGUAGAAUGUACGAGGUUUAGUAUUUACCGAUUAUUCUAUAUUCUGUUGUAUGUACCAAUCUUUUUUUUUAAAUGAAAGAAAAAUUUGUGU